AUGUCUUUGAGGCGAAAAGCCAAUGUGCUUAAGCAAAAGGUCGAUGAAAUUCUUGCAGCAGGAGGCGAUGUAGCAGUUCCAAUUCUCAACGCUGUUAACGCUGCAUCAGAUGCGUUCCCUCCCCUCAAGUCUGCUUCCAGCGGCGCACUCUUUAUAUUCGACGAGUUCAAGAAAUUCAAGCAGAGCAAGCAGGAAUGGGAGGACUUUGGAGAAUACGUCAACACCAUGACCGAUGCGAUUGAAGCCAUUAAUGAUACAUCAAGUGAUGAGGCAGCACCUUGGAUGGAAAGUAUUACGAAGUUGAACGGGGCGUUGCAGCGCAUUCAGAACGAAAUCAAAUUGCAUGAGGGCCCGCGGAGAAGCUUCUCCUUCAGCAAUUUUGUCUCGCUUCCGAGGGACCUAGAUGGCUUGAAGAAGGAUCUCAAGGAGGCUCUGGAAUUGUUCCAGGUGAGCACGAUUGGCAGCAAUCAAGGUCGGUUAGCUCGAGUAGAGAAUGCUUCGGUUCUCGGGGGGCUCCGGCUUCCCAGUGUUGCCCACCACGAUUCUGCUCAGACGUGCCUGGAAGGCACCAGGAUCAAACUCAUGGAGCGUAUUAUGGCCUGGUGUCACAACACCAAGGAUAGUGAGAGACGUGUAAUGCUGCUAACGGCCGUGGCCGGUGCCGGCAAGACAUCUGUUGCGCACUCUAUCUCCGAGAAGUGCAUGGAGGAAGGGAUACUAGUGCUCUCCUUCUUCUUUAGGGCAGGUGAGCAAUCGCAACCAGAUUGUCUAUUCAGCGGCGCGGCGCGGUCUCUAGCAAGGCACGACCCAGUGUGCCGAACCUCCAUCGUAUCUACCCUUCAGAAUAAUCCGGCUCUGACGACUGCACCGUUCACCAUGCAAUUCGAGAAAUUGGUGGCUGAACCCCUUCAUCUGAAAGUGCUACCCUCCGAUCGACCUAUGGUGAUCAUAAUCGAUGCCCUAGAUGAAUGCGAGUCACGAUCAUUCGAGCUCCUUGCCGACAUACUUCGAGAGCGUGUGCCCAAAUUGCCCUCUAACAUCAAAUUCUUUGUCACCUCGAGGCAAUUUGACCGAGUUGAGCGUUUUCUCCCUCUUAAAUCUCCUAUUGAUCGUGUCAGCAUUGAUCUUCUGGAUGAUACAAAUGUGCAAGACUGCGAUACCUACAUCCGUAUGCAACUAAACAAACUGAAACACGUACAUCCUAGUUUGAAUGAUGAACUCAAGGAAGAGGAGAUGUUGGUCCAAGGCAUUUUGAAACGAGCAGGUGGCUUAUUCAUUUGGAUCAGUACUAUCUUCCAUUACAUGAGGAUGACGAGCGGGGCUCCUAUGAGAACACUGGAGAGACUGCUUGAUACCGGAGCGAAGACUCAAGCCGAGGAAAUGAUGGAUAGCUUGUACAUGAAUAUUCUGGAGAAGUGGGAUUGGAAGGAUGGAGAUUUCGUACACGACUACCCAGUUGUGAUGGGAGCAAUCUUAUUUGCACAACAACCGCUGUCUGUUAAGGCUUGGGAUGCCAUCCUGUCGCCAGUUCUGAAGUCUUCCAUCUAUUCCACAUUAGCUCAACUUGCUCCUCUCCUCUCGGGUUAUGGAGAAUCUCACACGCAAAUUCGUAUCCUGCACCAAUCCUUCCGCGACUUUGUCACGGAACGAAUCAACCCACAAUCACCCAUACCCCAUCAUUUUGCAGUGGAUGCGAGGAGGGCGAAUGCCACAAUAGCCAUGCGCUGUGUCGACAUCUUGAAUAAGGCACUCCCCUUUAUCAAAGGUUUGGGGACGCUUGAAGACCUGUCCAGAGAGGGCGAACUACAAAGCCCUCAGGAGAUACUGCCUGAAGAGUUCCGUUACGCAUGUCGGCACAUCGUGUAUCAUCUUAAUCAAGUUGAGGAGCCGCCGAAGGAGCUUGUUGGUUCGGUUCGCGCAUUUCUCAACAAGGAACUAAUGCGCUGGGUAGAAGUUUGUGUGAGAACGGAAGGGUAUAUCAGUAUAACAUCGUUCCCAGAGUGGGCCAAGCUAAAGAUGGAUCAUAGUUCCGGAAAAAUCAUCCACGCGCUAGUCAAGGUACUUCGUAAUGUGUGGGAAAAUUUGGCGUUCUUUUCGAGAUUUCCGGAGGCAUAUAAGUUGGCAAAGGAUUCAGUUGUACUCUGCCGUUGCCUUGUAUCCGUUGACUCGGAGUCCUACACCCCAGAUUUGGCUCUAUCUCUUGGGCGUUUAUAUGCCUCACUCUUCUAUCUCGGAGAACAUCUCGAGUCCCUCCCCACGAUUGAAGAAAGCGUCAAGCUCUUGCGUCAGCUGGUUAAUGUGCAUUCGACGUUGUACACCCCUGGCUUGGCCCAAUCACUUGGGAACCUGUGUGCCUCACUCUGCUGUCUUGAACGGCACCCCGAGGCUCUCUUAGCGAUUGAAGAAAGCGUUAAGCUUUGGCGUGAGCUUGUUGCUGUUGAUCCGGCAUCCUACACAUCGAAUCUGGCUCAAUCACUCCAGAAUCUCAAAGUAUCGCUUGACAAACUCGGAAAGCACUCCGAGGCCCUCGAGGUGAUCAGAGAAAGCGUCAAAUUAUGGCGUGGGCUGGUUGUCACUCAUCCAACAUCAUAUACUCCAGAUUUAGCAAGAUCGCUUCAAAAGCUUAGUGUGUCACUGAACAGAGUCGGGGACCAUUCUGAGACACUUCCAGUGAUCGAGGAAAGUGUUGAGCUCUGGCGCCAGCUGGCAGCCAGCCAUCCAACAUCGUACACCCCAGAUUUGGCUCGCUCACUUCAGAAUCUUCAUGUAUCACUUGACAAGCGUGGACGGCAUUUUGAGGGACUUUUGGUAGUUGAAGAAAGUGUUGGACUCUGGCGCCACCUAGUCGCCGUUCAUCCUACAUCUUACACUCCAGAUUUGGCUGGAUCGCUCGAGAACCUUAAUGAAUCACUUGGCAAGCUGGGACGGCACUCUGAGGCGCUCUCAGUAAUUACAGAAAGUGUUCAACUCUGGCGCCAGCUCGUUGCCCUUCAUCCGAGAUCAUACACCCCGGAUUUGGCCGAAUCGCUCGAGAAUCUUAAUGGAUCACUCUCCAAUCUUGGACAACAUUCCGACGCACUCCCAGUGAUCGAAGAAAGUGUAAAUCUCUGGCGGCGGCUAGUUUCAUUUCAUCCGGCAUCAUAUACCCCAAGUUUGGCACGGUCACUCCAGAGUUUUAACACGUCCCUCACCAAUCUCGGACGACAUUCAGACGCGCUUCCGGUAAUAGAAGAAAGUGUCGGGCUCUGGCGCCAGCUCGAUCCAACAUCAUACACCUCCGAUUUGGCUAAGUCGCUCGAGAAUCUUAACGAAUCACUCUCAAAUCUUGGACGACAUUCUGAUGCCUUCCCUGUGAUCGAAGAAAGCGUCAAUCUCUGGCGCCAGCUAGUUUCGACUUAUCCAGAAUCAUAUACCCCAAGUUUGGCGCGGUCACUCCGGAACCUUAACACGUCACUGUCCAAUCUCGGACGGCAUUCUGUCGCACUCCUGGCGAUUGAAGAAAGUGUCGAGCUGUGGCGCCAGCAGGUUGCUGUUCAUCUGACGUCGUAUUCCCCGGGUUUGGCCUUAUCACUCAAGAAUCUCAAUGAGUCCCUUUCCAAUCUUGGACGACAUUCCGAUGCGCUCCCAGUGAUCGGAGAGAGCGUCAAUCUCUGGCGCCAUCUGGUUGCAAUUUAUCCCGCGUCUUACACCCCCAGUUUAGCACGAUCACUCCAAAAUCUUGGCAUGACACUUUCCAAUCUCCAACGGCAUUCUGCCGCACUCCCGGUAAUCGAAGAGAGUGUCAAACUCUGGCGCCAACUGGUUGCCGCCUAUCCGGCGCUGCAUACCCCGGGUUUGGCCAUAUCACUCUGCAGUCUCAGCAGCUCGCUUCAUAACCUUGGUCGUCAUAAAGAGGCCCUACCUCUCAUUGAAGAAUCCGUUUCCCUGUGGCGUCCGCUUCUCGAUAAUCAUCCAACUUCAUAUGCUUCUGAUGUAGCCUUGGCGUUGCACACUCUCUCAACCGAGUAUUCAUGUCUCGGGGACCAUUCAGCUGCACGUGAUGUGGGUGAGGAGUCGUCGGCACGCUAUUACCGACUGUAUUCCCAAUAUCCUGACGUCUACGGACACAGACUUUGGCUUGCAUAUUCCUCCGUCGCUGGUGCAUGGGAGGGUCUUGGCAGACAAGAUAUGGUAAUGACUGUAAGCGCUCUCAUGCGGAACCUGUCACGACCCCACCUGUACACAUGUUCAUCGCAAUCAUCCGCGCAGCAAGCUCGAAUAUAA